CAGUAAAGAAAUCCUCCUGUGGAAGGAGUACGCGCAACAGGUGCAGGAAGGAGACCAGAGCCCCCGUCACCGCACACACACUCACCGGUCAUUCAUAUAUUUUUUGGAAACCUCCGUCCCGCGAAAAUGGACGUCAUGGGCACCUGCGAAGACGCGAGCACGGUGGAGUCGGACGCGGCGUGUGGGGAGCGCUUUCCGCUCGCUUUGGCGCUGAUGGAAGGCGGCGAUGCACGCGCCUGGCUCGCUCCUUCACACGCUGAAUACCUGCCGCACAGCUCGGGGUCCUCGAGCACGGAGGGCGUGUCCGGUUCGCACGUAAACAAGGGUGCAAGGGUGGGGGGCGCAGUACGUGUGCGCGAGUUGUGCCGCCUCAAGGGAGCGACGCGGGCGGAUGAGGGCAGGCAGCGCGCCCCGACCAGCAAACCCGCCAACGUGGUGCAGAAGCAGAGACGCAUAGCGGCGAACGCACGAGAGCGCCGGCGCAUGCAUGGUCUGAACCACGCCUUCGACGAGCUGCGCAGCGUCAUCCCCUCUCUCGACAACGAGAAAAAGCUUUCCAAGUACGAGACACUCCAGAUGGCACAGAUCUACAUCAACGCGCUGUCCGACCUGCUGCGUGCUCCCGGCGCAGAAGAUGACGCAAAUAACGGUGACAUGUUGCCGGCCGUCUACGGGGGUGAAAGAUCAUCAAACUCGUUUCCUGUUCAGCUCGCCGGCGUUUCAUUCCCGUAUGAGGAAGACGCGUUUGUGUCGCUCGGAGCGAGCAAGUCUGCCUCUGAAUGCAGUAAAGACUCUCCGCGGUCCAGUCGGAGCGAUGGAGAGUUUUCACCUCACUCGCACUUCAGCGACUCGGAUGAGACACACGCAGAGAUGCACAGUGAAGACGAGCUGUGUGAACUGAAGCUGAGUCGCAAUCGAGCCUUUUAGAGACGCUGAAACAAAUCCAGACGUCCGUCAGUUCUUUGUGUCAAUCGUAUUCGCCCUAUUUUUUUGUAAUAGGUUUAAGUUUGAAUUGGUUGUUUGACUUCGAUUUUAUGACCAACUGAAUUGUACGAUGUUUGUUAUUGUUGUAGUUUUCUGUAACUUGUACGCCAAUAGAAUCUGGUUGCCUUGUCGUGACAUUGGCGAGAUUCCCCACGCCACGUCAACUGUCUCGCGCAGCAGUGCCAUGGGGCCAGGAUGUCAUGCAAAAACUGUCUUCCGAAAAAAAAGAAAGAAAAAAAAUGUGACCCAAUUUGUGCAUUUAUACGAUAAGAAUACGAUUGGUUGGUUUGUUUGAUUGUUUGUUUGUUUUUUUUUAACUCGAAGAAUUUGCUACUUCUAAACUUCACUUGCACUUUAAACACGGGCCAUAGGCUUGAGAAACACGCUUUGAAAUAGGACGAGAUUUUUCUGUUGUUUGUAUGUAGCCUAGUAAUGCCAAUUUGUCAAGGAUAUUUAAUAUAGCCAUUAGACGUUUUGUACAUUUGUUAAGUUUGAAUAUUCGAUUUCGACGCGAGGUUAUUAUUUGUAUUUAACUUCUGCUUGGAGAUGCCGGUUAAAGUGUCUAUUUAUUUCCGUUUGCCUUAUCUUUUUUAAUGAUAAAAAUUAGCAGAUAUGCCACAUGCUUUAUGUUUUAUUUGAUUUUGGAAUAAUAAAAAAAAAAGAAUCAAAACGC